GAGAGAGAGAGAGAGAGAGAGAGAGAGGAGAGAGGACGUGUCGUGAAUGAAAGGUGCAUCAUAAGAUGCUGAAUACCCCGUAGUGUAUUCUUUAUGGAGGAAUCAUCUUCUUGAGUUCAAGUUUCUAUCAAUCGAAACCUCGUAGAUCUAACAUCCAAGAAUCAUUGCAUUCGCAUCGUCUUCUACUCGAUUUGAUACACAUUCCCAUGUAAUUUUUUGGUUUAAAACAAACGACCCCUUCGUUUCUACGUUCCCCGCAUGUUCUUUUUCAAAAUCUUUGAUCAGUCGGAUUCAAGAUUAGGUUCUUCAUCUGGGUUUACAUCAAAAGAAUACUCGUUAUGCAUUUGAAAAUCUAGAAGCCAACGAUUCGAUUCUAAAUUAAUUUCCUUUCUUUUCCGAUUUGAGGAGAGAGAGAGAGAGAGAGAGAGAGAGAGAGAGAGAGAGCGCCAGGGGGAUUAAUGGGUUGUUUUUCUUGCUUUGAUUCGAGGGUGGAGGAAAAAUCGAAUCCUCAAAAAGUUGGGGCUGAUCGUCCUGAAGUCCACCCAUCUGCCCCUUCCAAUAUCUCCAGAUUACCUUCUGGUGUUGACAGACUGAAAUCUAGAAACAAUGUGAGUUUAAGAAGGGAAUCAUCAGGUUCAAAAGAAGGUCCAUAUGGUCAAAUUGCUGCUCAAACAUUCACAUUCCGUGAGCUUGCAGCUGCAACAAGCAAUUUCAGCCCUGAUUGCUUUUUAGGGGAGGGCGGCUUUGGCCAUGUCUAUAGAGGACGUCUUCAGGGUAGUGGUCAGGUUGUAGCUGUGAAACAAUUGGAUAGAAACGGGCUUCAGGGUAACCGUGAAUUUCUUGUUGAAGUUCUUAUGCUUAGCCUUUUACAUCAUCCCAACUUAGUGAAUUUGAUUGGGUAUUGUGCUGAUGGAGACCAAAGACUUCUUGUUUAUGAGUUCAUGCCAUUGGGUUCACUAGAAGAUCACCUUCAUGAUCUUCCACCGGACCGAGAAGCACUAGAUUGGAACACAAGAAUGAAGAUAGCUGCAGGAGCAGCCCGAGGUUUGGAGUUUCUUCAUGAUAAGGCUAACCCUCCUGUGAUUUACAGGGACUUCAAAUCCUCCAACAUUUUACUCGGUGAGGGAUUUCAACCAAAGCUCUCGGAUUUCGGGCUUGCAAAACUGGGCCCCACUGGUGACAAGUCCCAUGUUUCAACGCGUGUCAUGGGGACAUAUGGUUAUUGUGCACCUGAAUAUGCCAUGACCGGUCAACUCACGGUCAAAUCUGAUGUGUACAGCUUCGGUGUGGUUUUCCUAGAGCUUAUUACCGGUCGUAAAGCCAUCGAUAGCACUGCACCACAAGGGCAACAAAACCUUGUAACUUGGGCAAGACCAUUGUUUAAUGAUAGAAGGAAGUUUGCAUCAUUGGCGGAUCCAAGGCUUGAAGGUCAUUAUCCAAUGAGGGGGCUUUACCAGGCUCUAGCGGUUGCAUCCAUGUGUAUCCAAGAACAGGCGGCGGCUCGACCGUUGAUAGGUGAUGUGGUGACCGCGUUGUCUUAUCUUGCGAACCAUGCGUAUGACCCUGGUGCGGUCAAUGGUCAAAGCAACAAGCACGCGAAUGGGAGGGUUUUAAAGAAUGAAGAAGGUGGAGGAUCGGGGCGUAGUAGAUGGGAUCUUGAAGGAUCUGAGAAAGGAGAAUCGCCAAGAGACACACCCAGGAUUUUGAACAGGGAUCUUGAUAGGGAAAGGGCUGUUGCAGAGGCAAAGAUGUGGGUGGAGAAGAGAAGGCAGAGUGCUCAAGGCAGUUUUGAUGGGAAUAGCAAUGGCUCUGGUCAGUAGAAGGAUGGUUUGAGUUUUUUGUUUUUCUUCUUUUUGCCAAAACCGAAUUUGGGAAAAGAUUGGAGGAGUGUAUAGAAACGAUGAGGAGGAUGUUGUGAUGUUUAUGGUUAAUUUUUCCUACACAGUGAGGCAUUUUAGGUGCUUUGUGGGUGUCUUGUUGUUUUUCUAAUGUAACA